AUGGACGUCAUAGACUCGGAUAAUGUUUUCAAAUCAGUGAUAUACACUGACGUCGUUUCCAACGUACGGAUGUUAUCCCGUGAAAAUUUUGUGUAUGUGGGCAGUUACAAUGGUGGUCCUAUUGCGUGUUAUCCUGAUCCAAACAAACUUACGAGCGGUGGAAGACAGAAGAUUGGGGUGACUAUAAGUGAUGGGAAAGGUGCUGUGUUGAAUGAAAUUGAACUUGAGCAAUUAGACAGUGGCGAUAACAUCUAUCAUGUUGGGUGGUUAGAUGAUUACCGUUUGAUAAUAGUGACGCGUAAGAGGUACAUCUACAUGUACACGACAGAUGGUAACUUAGUAGAUAAAGAUGAUUCGAUCUCUGCUUCUGUAUUUCGUCAGGGCAACCCGAGGUUGACGACCGUUAGUGUAUUUGGUACUGGGGUUUUGAUCUUGUUUUCCGUUGAAGUGAUGGAUCCAAAUACACAACAAAAGAUCAACAGGAGUUUUAUAACAUUAGCUGUCUACAACACAAAAAAAGGACGUUUUGAUAUUGCCAAAAAGAUGAUACCAUAUCAGACAGGCUUUUGUUGCCACUAUGACAGAUUUAAAAACGUGUUACACACAAUUUUCUUCGAUGAAGUCGGAAAGGCAGUUGGGGUGGAGGACAUGUUCCACUUCUUCCAAAACCAAAGUGCCAAAUUGCAACCUCUUGGCUUCACUAAUGACCCAAAUAAUCAUUAUAAAGGUUUAGAGGUGUUAAACUGUUGCUUCUCAUAUGAUGGGUCGAUGUUAUUAACACUCCAAAAAGACAUUAAAACACAAAACUUUGAGAUCAAUGUCUUCAAAUUUGUAGUGGUACAAACAACCGUCGAGGUAGAAGACCCAACUAACCCAAAAGCACUUAUUAAUGUCAAUCGAACGAGCUUUGCUCUUGAGUUUCAGUUUGUGUACAACUUCGACCAAACAGCCCAUUUGGGGCAAAACAAUAAGAUGUUUUGGCUUGACAAUGACUUGUUUGGCGUUGAGUUGUAUACCAACGUCUUCCAAAUCCACAGCGUGAAGUUGGACACUGAAGAGUUACUCAUCGACACUAUUGAGAAAGUCUAUUGCAUUGUACAAGAAUCCGACGGUGUUCGAUUCCACGCACUCGAAGAGGUAUCUGGUGAGAUGAAGUAUACCAACAUAUUGUACUGCUCAUAUGAUGAAGACUUGAAGAAAUUACGAGAGGAAAGUCCUGCGUAUUUCUUGUGGAAGAGUUUUGUGCAACCUGAGGAUGCGUCCUUUGUGAACAAAUUUAGUGAGAACGUAUACACUGCUAUAGAGACGGUCUGUAAAGCAGCACUUUUUGUUCCAGACUCCGAUGAACGACAAAUUCAAUUGAUGAGAAGUGCGUCAUAUGGGUUGAUGUUGGCGUCUCCGGAAGAUGCUAAGAAGAGUUCGCCAUUCAUGCAAACCACUGUCAAAUUGUUACAAAUGUUACACACGAUGAACAGCUCUGGAUGUAUGAUGACGUUCAAAGAGUUUUUCAAUGGCGCUGCGAUAGAGAGAGGACGGUUAAAAGACAGUCUACAUAACCACACUAAAAAUUGUGCAGACUUCUAUUACCAUCCCAUUCAAACUAUUUUAGUCUCUUUAAAUCUCUUUUCGUUGUGUUCUGUGUGGACUGAAGAACGUGGGAUGUCGAUAGAAGCUUUAGAGGAGCAAUGGUGUUAUCGGAAAGCAAGAAAGAUAAUGGACGGAGCCGAUAGUGACAUUCUCAGAUUUAAGAGACAUAUGAUGAAAUUGAGUCCACAAGGCAUUUUGAGAGUGAUAGAUGUCUGUAUGAAGAAGCCCCAACUUGAGCUGAUUUGUGAAAUAGCAACAGUAUCAAACAUUUGUAGAGAAGCUAUAAUAAAGAAGUUAACAGACACCCUGUGUGGGAAACAAUAUGACCUCUUUUUGACGUACUUGGCUAAGAUCUGUAUGGCGUAUUGUGACUCCCAAAGUUUUUAUCUUCUUCUCGAAAAGGUCUGUGUUAAGAAUGGGAGUGUCAACCCAGACGAUUUUGUGUUGAUACGAAAGAUGUUAGAAAACCCGACUUCUUCCAUUGUCCAAAGUGUCGAAGGGAAUAUCGGGGUGAUGAAGUUUUGCCAACAGUUUGAUACAAUCAUUCAACAAUCAUCUUUUGCACUGUUCCAAAGGUGGAAUGACCAGUACGCACUCUUCCAGUCACUCUUAGCUCGAACAAGAGUUCCUAAGGAACACCUUGUUGCUGUGUCCAACACACUUUUGAAGUUUGAAACCCCAUCCAGAUUCUUACAAAGAGUCUUUGUGGAUGAUACAAUGUGGAUUUGGGAGAUCCAUGGAGACAAACAAUAUAAAGAUGUUGUAAAGAGUCAAAUGGACAGCGGGAAGGAUGUCAGUGGGAUAUCAAGUGACUCUAUUUAUGAGCAAUGCUGCUCAAUAUAUCGACAGUUUGACUUGGAACAAAAAGAGGUGGAGCGCAAUGCACAGAACUUUAAGACCAAAAUGAACAUCGACGACAGAAUAUUGCUCCGCGCCAAAAUCGCAGUGUUGAAUGAACUGAAUAAUGGGGAAGAGAAGAAGUCUCGACUCGAGCAUUUUGCAUCGAUCAAAAAACUCGACUUAUUUGCGUGUGAAACGUUAGCAUUCAUUGCUCAUGAAGCAGAACUCCCCGACCUCAGAAACAAGUUCUUGUCUGCUUUUAACCAGCAAAAAACAAAGAGACUUGAGCUUCUUUUAAGGAUGAAUGAUGAAGAGUCUGCUUUAGCUUAUGUGAAAAGUGAGAAAGAUUCUGUGUCACAAUUACAAUUAUGUACUGCCAUGUUAUUACAUGGAGUUACAAGUAAUGAUGUCAAGAUGUCCCUUGAGAACAUAAGAAAGGGUCUAAGUUCUUGA